GUGUUACGUUACCGUCCCUCCGCGGCGCUGUCAGUGAAGGUGAACUCGGCUCCUCUCCGCCUUUCUCUGCCCGUCUGUGGAGGCGCGCGUGCCCGGUCUUCUCCCGCUUCUCCGCACCGGUUUCCUCCGCCUUCACCUGAGCCAUGUCCGUUUUCGGAGAGGUCCCGCAGGCGCCGCCCGUCGCCGUCUUCAAGCUGACCGCUGACUUCAGGGAGGACAGCCACCCGCAGAAGGUGAACCUGGGAGUUGGAGCUUACCGUACUGACGACUGCCAGCCGUGGGUUCUGCCCGUGGUCAAGAAGGUGGAGCGUCUGAUCGUCGAGGACGGCAGCUUGAACCACGAGUACCUUCCCAUCCUCGGCCUGCCCGAGUUCCGCGCCGCCGCCUCAAAGGUCGCUCUGGGAGACGACAGCGCCGCCAUCCAGGAAGGCCGGGUCGGAGCGGUCCAGUGUCUCGGUGGGACCGGUGCUUUAAGGAUUGGGGCAGACUUCCUGCGGCGCUGGUACAACGGUUCCAACAACACAGCAACACCUGUCUAUGUCUCUGCACCCACCUGGGAGAACCACAACGGUGUGUUCGGUGACGCCGGCUUCAAAGACAUCCGUCCGUACCACUACUGGGACGCAGCAAAGAGGGGUUUGGACCUCACGGGGCUCCUGGAUGACCUGGAGAAAGCUCCAGAGCACUCCAUCUUCGUCCUCCAUGCCUGUGCACACAACCCCACCGGCACAGACCCCACCCAGGAGGAGUGGAAGACCAUCGCGGAGAUCAUGAAGAGGAGGAAGCUGUUUGCUUUCUUCGACUCGGCUUAUCAGGGUUUCGCUUCUGGAGACUUGGAUAAAGACGCCUGGGCCAUCCGCUUCUUCGUCUCCGAGGGCUUCGAGCUCUUCAUCGCUCAGUCCUUUUCCAAGAACUUUGGCCUUUACAACGAGAGGGUGGGGAAUCUGACGGUUGUUGCCAAAGACGGUGACAACCUGACGCGCACCCUGUCCCAGAUGGAGAAGAUCGUGAGAACCACCUGGUCCAACCCGCCUUCUCAAGGAGCACGCAUCGUCAGCAGGACGCUCACCAGCCCUGAGCUGUUUGCAGAAUGGAAGGGGAACGUGAAGACGAUGGCGGACCGGGUGCUGCUGAUGAGGUCUCAGCUGAGGAGCAAGCUGGAGGCUCUGGGCACCCCGGGGACCUGGGACCACAUCACUCAGCAGAUCGGGAUGUUCAGCUUCACCGGCCUGAACCCUAAACAGGUGGAGUACCUGAUCACGGAGAAGCACGUGUACCUGAUGGCUAGCGGACGCAUCAACAUGUGCGGCCUGACCACCAAGAACAUCGACUACAUCGCUCAGUCCAUCCACGAGGCCGUCACCAAAGUCCAGUAGAGCUGCUGUGAACUUCCUGUCUGCGGCAGGAAGUUCCACCUUUUCCGUUUUUGUCUUUCUGUUCUGCCCUCUGAUUGGUUAACCUGCAGUAGAUCAGUCGGAGGGCAGGUGUUUCUGCUUUCACGCACAGGUAAAAACCUUCUGGGAGGUGCAAUGGUCCUUUAGAAAACGCCCAAGAGCGCCACACGCUGAUGUAACCUUCACUUCCUGUUCACUAAAGAUCCUUUCACAAUAAGAGUACAGAACAAACACAGUCUUCCUGUAAAGUCUGAAUUCUGCUUUAGACGACAAAUCAGAAAAUAUUUUCAACCACAAACUGUAUUUCCUGAGAUCUUUGGUGUUUUAUUUAAAAGAGUUACUGAUUUUAGUUUCAUUAUUUAAAGUUUGUGUAGAUUCUCACUCAUCCAGAUUCCAUCAAUCAACUGGAUUCUUUCAUCUCAGAUUACUGAAGAUGUUUCUCCUCAUCUCUAAUCUUUAAGCUUCAUUUAUUUUCCUGCAUUAAUGGUAAAUUCUUCACCUUUUACAUCUGUGCACAUAAACCAGAGUGUAAAUAAUGAUGCACGAAGUAUAAAAUUCCACUUUGUUACAAACUUGUGAUGCUUAAAGUAAAAUUUAAUCAAAAUAAGCAUCAUUCUAGAGAGGAAAAUAAGAGCAAAUGAGAGUUUCUGAUCUAUUUUAAUCAAUAAUUUAACAAACUUUCCUUAAGAAAGUAAAUCUAAAAUGUUUUAUUCAGUAUCAAAUAACUCCUGGAUCAUUUAAAGUGACCUUUUCAUUUGUUUUGUGACUUUGCGGUUCUGAAACCAUCACCGGUUGAAGCGACACACUCCUGAUUUCUCUCUUUAGUCUGUUACUCUCCUCUAACCUGCUGAAGUUCUUCUUUGGGUCUUCCAAAUGUACAGGAGUUUCAUGUUUUCUUACUGACACCUAGUGGAGAUGGGAGGUAUUGCAGGAACAUGUGAGCUGCUCUCUUCAAAUGUGGGAUUAACAUGCAGAGAUUAAAAGAGUAUUUAAUCUCAGACGGUACGACCUAAACCGACUCUCUGCUCAAUAAAACUGUCGCUGAAGAUAAAAACAUGUUUAUGUAGAAAAGCAGAAACUAUAAACGGUUCCAUUGAAAUCAAACAACACUCCAAAUCAAAAUCUGUAAACUUAACAGGAUGGAGAAGGUCUUUAAAGGUCUCCAUGUUACCUUUCAGAGUAAAAGCACAUUUAGCAUGUCCGUGUUGAGGGUGUGAUGGUUGAAGAAGCCGCCGCCUCUCGUUAAAUCUCAGUCUCCAUUUUUGUGCCAUCGUUGAACAAAGUCCUUCUGUCUGUCCUUCCCGCCUGCAGUGUCCUUAAGGUGAUCCACCCCAUGUGAAGCGGGUCGGCACUCGGCCGCUGUUUGUUUGUGCUCAAAUAAAUUAUAAACCUUAUCAGA